AUGCAUAUAACCACUGCUGUUGCUGCCCGUCAGCAGCAGCAGCAGCAGCAGCAGCAACAGCAGCAGGUCUUGCAGCAGCAGCAGCAAGCCUUGCAGAAGCAGCAGCAGCAAGCUCUGCAGCAGCAGAAGCAGCAGCAGCAGCAGCAAGCCUUGCAGCAGCAGCAGCAGCAGAAGCAGCAGCAGCAGCAGCAGCAGCAAGCCUUGCAGCAGCAGCAGCAGCAGAAGCAGCAGCAGCAAGCCUUGCAACAGCAGCAGCGGCAGAAGCAGCAGCAGCAGCAGAAUCCUUAG